AAUAUUUCAAUAAUAAUUAUUUAAGUUUGUAAUUUAUAAUAAUUAUUAAAUAUGUAUUCGAGUAAUCCAUUCAAGUUCGUUGAAUACGUCACCAACAGUGCUGUUUUGCCGAAAUGUCGCACGGAACCAAUACUGUAUUGCGACGGAGAAAAUUUGUACAGUUUUAGUGUUCAUCAUUUAAACUUGAUGGUAUUCAACUUGCAAACAAGAUUGUGGCGGUAUAUGUAUGAAGGACGCUGCCUCAUUCUUCGAAUGAAUUCGCUGGUUGGUGUUGCUUUUCACGGAAGAAAGUUGAUUAUUUUGACAUUCAUGGAAUCAUUGCUAGAUCGUACAAGUCAUAUGCAAACAUUCGAUUUGGACAAGGAAACUAUGGUUGUCACUCCUCUAACUGGAGACAUACCUCUGUCAACCAAACCAUUUAAUUUCAUAAUUCAUGAUCACUAUUAUUACACUGUUGGAGCUAUCAGAGAUCACAAAGAGUAUUCUGACGUCUAUCGACUCAAUACGACGACUUUUAAAUGGGAAUCUGUGUAUAAAUGCACUGGGUUGGAUCGUAAUGAACCUAAAAGAAGACGAGGUCAUACUUUAGUAUACGAUGGAAGUAAAAUUUAUAUUUUUCGUGAGACCCUAAACUUCAGUUAUGUCGUUGGCAAGGCAGAAGCCGUCGAUAAUUUUCAGAAACUUCCUGCAUUUGAUUUAACUACACGCAAAUGGACGAGUGUUGAGACUUACGGAGAUAAGAAACAUAAGCCGCGAUACCCGAAGAAUAACCGAGGAGCCUUUGCGUUAACGCAGUACACAGAUCCGGUGUAUUACCGAUUCCUGUUGAUUUUCAUUCAAUGUAUGCUACUCCGGAAGGACAGUUGUUUGUGUACGGAGGAUUCCGUGAUCAAAAUACUCGGUGUGGAGAGGACUGUAAGUCGUGUUCUACAGCAGUACACAGCGCUUGGGUGACAGUUCCGAAGCUUGAAUACUUGUGCUGGAAAGCUUUGCAACAUCACCACCCAGAUUGGGCUGCUAAGUCUCGGAGACAGGUUGCUCGAUUACAAUUACCAUGGAAGUUUUUCGAAUCAAGACUUCAUAAAAUUUUGUAGAUCUUUUGUAUGAUUUAUGAUCAAGUAAACAGCGUGAUCAUAAUAGUGAUUAAGUAUUGAUGCCAAUUUUUUUUAUUAAUUAUUUACAUUUUUAAUAGUUUUAAAAUCUGAUUAAAUGUUCAACCCUUAAAAGU